AUGUUCAUUUGCUGGGAAGUAACCAAUCUUCAAGUUCAGCAGGCUGAUUUGUUUUCCAGUUAUAUCAUGGCUUUUAAACUUUCACGAACAGUUCAUAUACGUUCUGGAUAUAUGCUUUCUUCCAUUUUUCUAUGUCUGGCUUUGCGAGAUUUCUUGCAGAGAGGCCCCGUUUACAGUUUGAGACUUUCUGCUGAUCCAACCGCACACCCUUGUUCCCGAAAAUGGAAUCCACAACGGGAUACUGUAUUUGCUGUUGCUACGUCUAUGGCGUGUUUCCAUUCUUUUGAGGCAUUAUAUUUUUAA